GAAAAACCACGUUUGAACAUCUGUAUGGUGUAUAUUUUGCUGGCAAAUGGUACAUAUGAGUGAUCCAAUUUCGGGAGACUGGACCAUGAUGAUUUGCUCAACACCAAACCAGGCCCCCCUCACCUAGGCAAAGUUUGAUCGCCACGUUCCCUACCCAAGGAUGUGGUUUCUUAUUUUGCAGCGCAUGAAACAUGAUGGCUUGGCGAUUUGUUCCGAUUUUUCCCCCAUCUCUCUCCACUCUUGGGACGAACAGUCCCGUUGUAGUUUUGACCAAACUGCGGGCAGUGGUCACCAGCCAAACAGGACUGUCGACGUCAGAAAUAGGCCCAUCUAGAGCCUAAUGUCCUUGUUUCCUGAAGCCUAACCUGUGAUCUAUGCCGUAUUAGGCUGUAUCCAAGUUGUGAAUGGCCCAGCGUAGUGACCUGUAUUCGAAGCCAUUCCGAGCAAAAAGUACAUGCUCAUACAUAUAAACAGGACAAAUAUCCCUGAAAGAGAAAGCGGGCCAGUCCAAGAAACCAACUUACUCAGUUUGUCGUUUCUUUGCAGGAGUUUCGAGUCAUAAUCCGAAGACUUUUAUACAUACAUACCAACAUGAGAGUGGCCAGCACCGUUCGAUACAUCUUCCACCUCCCCUACCUGACCAAACGUCCAGAACGUUCCAUCUGGAAGGGUAAAGGGAUCGACAAUUCCCCGUCUGUUGAAGUCACAGUGCAUUGCCACAAUGAUGACUCCCAAUCAACCGGGUUCGAGAUGGCGGUGAACGCAAGCGAGUUGGACCUGCAUCAUGGCUGCAGCAGCAACAGCAGCGGCAGCCGAUCUCGAUUGGUACGGGUUGUAAGCUGGGCCAGCAUUGUCUGCGACAAAUGCCGGUGGACAGCAGAGCAAGAGCGCGAAUUGGCUGUUGCACGGAGCGAGCUGGGGAGGUGUCAGAAAGCGUGGAGUUCGGAGCAAGAGUUGUGGCUAUCCUAUGUAAGAUUCAUUUUCCCUUUGCCUUUCUUAGUUUCUUUCGCUUCGGGUUCAAUAGAGAUUUGGUCUGCAUUUUUAUGGAUUGAUAAGGUGCUGAUUCUUGUAAUUUUUUUUGGUGAUCGUAUAGAUCGAGGCCUUGAUGGAAGAAAAAGAAGCCCAUGAAGAAUUCCUCGUCCAUCGAGCGAAACAGCAGGAUGAUGAGCAACAACAUUUCCGCAAGGCUUGGAAUAGACGACGAUCCUCUGAGGAGCAACCGGUGGACGCUAAUGCCCAUCGGGCUAGUAGCAGAGUCCGACGCUUACGAAAACGGCAUACUGGUGAUUUUGGAAAGCUCAAAAAUGUCUAAAAUUCAGUAUGAUGCGACUUUUGAUUGUCUUUCGCCUGAAGAUUACUUGUGGUUGAUCUGCGAUGCUUUGAAUAUCUUGUUACUACCCCCUUUGUCUGCUAAUAUCCAAUAUGGAUUGUAUAUAGGUAUAUAACCAUGUGUGAAUGAAUGAAUAAAUGAAUAAAUGAAUAAAUCCUAAUCUUUUGAGAUUCAUUUAAUUAGUGACAAGUUAUUUAUGGACAAUGC